ACUACUGGAGCGGAUGUUCGUCACACGCCGGAUUUCCAGGAGCGAGUCGGCUGUCGUACAGCAACCCGGGACGGCUGUGGAGGGAAAGUGUCACGGCGAAUGGACCAUGGAGUGUAUUCCAGCAACUCUUGAGGAUCUUGAGAGCAAAAAGGAUCCACUUGCAGAGGACCCCGAGCACAAUGUGUACACCAGGUUCAUGAAGUCCCACCGCUGUUACGACCUCGUCCCCACCAGCUCCAAGUUGGUAGUGUUUGACACGUCCCUCCAGGUCAAGAAGGCUUUUUUUGCACUUGUGUCCAAUGGGGUGAGGGCAGCGCCGCUAUGGGACAGCAACAAGCAGUGCUUUGUUGGCAUGCUAACCAUCACAGACUUUAUCAACAUCCUGCAUCGUUACUAUAAAUCUCGACUGGUUCAGAUUUAUGAGCUGGAAGAACACAAAAUAGAAACAUGGAGAGAGGUGUACCUUCAAGACUCUUUCAAGCCCUUGGUUAGCAUAUCGCCCAAUGCCAGCUUGUAUGACGCCGUAUCCUCACUGCUGAAGAACAAGAUCCACAGACUCCCCGUCAUCGACCCCAUGACUGGAAACACUCUCUACAUUCUCACGCACAAGAGGAUUCUCAAGUUCUUGAAGCUGUUUAUAUCGGAGAUGCCCAAGCCGUCAUUCCUGGGCCAAACCUUGGAGGAGCUGAACAUAGGAACGUACCAGAACAUAGCAGUGGUGCGCACAGACACGCCUCUGUACACGGCGCUGGGUAUUUUUGUAGAGCAGCGAGUGUCUGCGCUCCCUGUGGUGGAUGACAAAGGCCGGGUGGUGGACAUUUACUCCAAGUUUGACGUCAUCAACCUGGCGGCAGAGAAGACGUACAACAACCUGGACGUGACCGUGACCAAAGCAUUGCAGCACCGCUCUCAGUACUUUGAAGGCGUGCUCACCUGCCAUCGACACGAGACCCUGGAAGCCAUCAUCAACAGGCUGGUGGAAGCCGAGGUUCACAGGCUGGUGGUGGUGGACGAGCAGGAUGUGGUGAAAGGCAUCGUUUCCCUCUCGGACAUCCUGCAGGCGCUCGUGCUCACGGACGGGGAUGAGGGUACCGCUUGAUGCCCACUCUGCCCCACCCCAGGAAAAGGCAUCCAGGUGAGGACGGAGCAAAAGGGAGCAAGGCAAAGGCACACACACGGGGAGGGGGAGAGAUGGUGGACCACGUCCACGACCACAGAACCAAUGAUUGUCAUUCCGCCUUUCCCACUGUGAAAAGUGUUAGGCACCCAGCAAUCCAACAUGGAGCCAUUCCUGCUAACCAAGCCCAAUCCAAACAUGCAAUAAGAGCACGAGGAAGUCUAGAGGAGGAGCUGAGGUCGUCCAUCAACCAAUACAAAGACAUGUUCUAGCGUGGACACGUUAUUUGCUAUUGUGUCCAUCGGCCUUACCGUCCUUAGCAGACCCAGUCUCAUCAUCGCACCAUCACGUCUUCAACGAUUGCCAUCAACACGCCGGGGGCCAUCUUGGCUGUUUCCCAGACUAGCAUUUAUUUGUGGUGGACCAUCACAAACGGACUUGGCCAUACGGUUAGCUUCGUCAAGCCCUUCCAAAAGCCCCCACCACUUCCAACCAAAAACACAACCUUCGUACUAGCGUGGCGGAGGUCAUGACAUGACAUGACAGGAAUCAAUAUUUGACAUGACGUGACAUGACAUGACAUGGAGGAAUGAAUAUUUGACAUGACGUGACAUGGAGGAAUGAAUAUUUGACAUGACGUGACAUGGAGGAAUGAAUAUUUGACAUGACGUGACAUGGAGGAAUGAAUAUUUGACAUGACAUGACAUGGAGGAAUGAAUAUUUGACAUGACAUGACAUGGAGGAAUGAAUAUUUGACAUGACUGUCAUGGAGGAAUGAAUAUUUGACAUGACAUGACAUGGAGGAAUGAAUAUUUGACAUGACUGUCAUGGAGGAAUGAAUAUUUGACAUGACAUGACGUGACAUGGAGGAAUGAAUAUUUGACAUGACGUGACAUGGAGGAAUGAAUAUUUGACAUGACGUGACAUGGAGGAAUGAAUAUUUGACAUGACUGUCAUGGAGGAAUGAAUAUUUGACAUGACAUGACAUGGAGGAAUGAAUAUUUGACAUGACUGUCAUGGAGGAAUGAAUAUUUGACAUGACAUGACAUGGAGGAAUGAAUAUUUGACAUGACGUGACAUGGAGGAAUGAAUAUUUGACAUGACAUGACAUGGAGGAAUGAAUAUUUGACAUGACGUGACAUGGAGGAAUGAAUAUUUGACAUGACAUGACAUGGAGGAAUGAAUAUUUGACAUGACAUGACAUGGAGGAAUGAAUAUUUGACAUGACGUGACAUGGAGGAAUGAAUAUUUGACAUGACUGUCAUGGAGGAAUGAAUAUUUGACAUGACAUGACAUGGAGGAAUGAAUAUUUGACAUGACUGUCAUGGAGGAAUGAAUAUUUGACAUGACAUGACGUGACAUGGAGGAAUGAAUAUUUGACAUGACUGUCAUGGACACACAAAGGACAACAAACCAAGGCAAACAUUUGGCAUGUUAAAGGAAACACUUGCUAACCGGGGCGGCUGUUAACCGAGGUACCGCUGGUCACCCUCCCGAUAAACACAUUACAACCCGACCGUCUUGUCAAUGUAGCGUACUCGGUACACGAGAUGGCAUCGCAACCGCGUAGCAACGUUGUCGCUAUAUAUAUCUGUACAUAGUCCCUCGCCCUUCAUACUUCAGUCCGCUUUGGUUCGUCACAAUAUGGAUGAAUAAAUCAGCACUGCUUCGUGUUGGACUGCACCCUAAAAUGAGGCAUUCAUGUGUAUGUAGUUGGAAGCAGGUUUUCUAUGUCUUAUGUCUACAAUAUUGGGUAAUAGGGGUGUUAGUUCAUGUCUAGAGGGCUCUAAUCAUGUUAGAAAGCCUUUUUAGAAGGUGCUAAUCGGGUUCUAACGGUGAUAAAUGAGGGAUUGCAUUCAGAUCCUUUUUUCAACAUAGUGAUGAAAUCGAAUGACCUUUUCUGGUCCGACUUGGAAGCACAAAUUAGGAGAGAGCAUGGAGAGCAUCCGCCACAAAUAUAUUGUAGUCCUGUGGGAAUGCCUCGGAUAGCUAGCGUUGAUAAUUAGCCUUAUUUUAUGGACACUGAAAUGCCAUCAACAGGAAGUAUGUGUUCUGCUGAGGUUUGAUGGCAAGGAACAGGCAGAGGAGAGGAACACGACGGUCUGCCAGCAUAGAACUAACAACAUACAUGUACAUGUACACACGCUACAUGGCUGUUUCUACACACUGGAUGCCUUCUUCACCUUCAAAGGGAUUUUUAUGAUGUUCAUCAGCAAUGUCACAUGUUGACAUCAAAUGUCCAUCUUGUAUUCAUGAUAUUCAUCCUCACUUUUAAUAGGCCUCGUCAGCACGUGAAGGGCAGGGGCCCAUCUGGCACUGUUGGAUCUGAAGGAGGUUCUAAGUAGAGCUUCAACAUGGAGGGAGAGAAAAAGCAGCUGAUAGCCAAGAAGCAUUGAAGUGGAAUAGGCUGUUGAUCAGCUGAUCAAAGGUUCCCAAAAAAGGUUCAAGUAGAACUAAGGUGUAUAAAAAGGAGGGAGUGAUGAGGUGAAAAUGUCUUUGGGCAUGCUAGAUGCCAGUGUUCCCAGGAGGCUGGUGGGAAUGUUGCUCCAGGUGCUGAAGAUGGCUUCACUGUCUGGAACUCAUGUCCAUUUUUAUAAAUCCAUCCCCAAAUCUUCUCCAUUGGAUUUAGAUGAGGGGAAGACGCAGGAUGGUCCAAAAGAGUCAGCUUAUUCCUCUGGAAGAAGUCCUUGGUCAAGUGUUGGACCAGGGCCUCCAGCCCCCUCCACCGUUUGACGCCCCCGCACCACCUGAAGCUCCAUUGUUCCAUUGAAGGAUGAUUGAAGCCAGUUUCAACAGCCUAUUCCACUUCAAUGCUUCUUGGCUAUCAGCUGCUUUUUCUCUCCCUCCAUGUUGAAGCUCUACUUAGAACCUCCUUCAGAUCCAACAGUGCCAGAUGUUCAUUCUUCACGUUGGCCCCUCCUCUUCAAAUUAGGAUGGGGAGUGUAUAUACGAGACAUGUCACAAGAUCUUGCGGGAUAAAAAGUGAGAUUUGCCACUAAGCAUGUGACGAUGAUCAAUGACUAAAUCACGUGGCUAAUCAAUAAGUUGCCACGUGCAGGAAGAAGGUUCACUCUGUGCAUUGCGUUCAGCCCCUUGACAGCUACCGUUGUUAACAGCAUAAACGGAGUGUGACCUUUUGUCAAUCAUACAAUCUCUGGGUGGGUGGGUGGGUGGAGGCGGGGCCACUAGCAUACACACAGAGUGUAACCUAAUAGAAAUGAUAUUGGUAGACUGUUUCAUCGUACCUUCCCUAAGUCAUGUGAAAGGGGACCUACUCUGCUCAUGUUUCCACCCUUUGUACUGACCUGUCUCCUGUAGAGCAGCCAUAUGCAAUAACCCGCGUAGAAAGCUAUCUAGAUCUUCCAGAAUCUGCACCUAUUCCAGCUGAAUUGGAACUGUUGUUUUAAUUUCUUCCACCCACGGCCCGCCACCGGGCACACCCACUCUGCUGUAAUUGGUCACACGCCCCAAAGUGCGUCCUAACUAUAAACCAUAUAAGGAAGUCCGCCCCUCUGUGACAUCACAAAGGGGCAGUUUGACCACGCCUUUUGAAACGGAGCCAUCCCUAAUGUCUUUCAGGGCUCACUCCCAAAUGCAGACCUCAUGAUGUGAGACUUUGACCUGGUUUAACACCGGAAUCAGAAAACAAAGGUGGAAAAGCAUCAUAGGUCCCCUUUAAAUCUAGUCUCAUCUGGUGACGCCCCGGUGUAGAGCGUCUGUCUUCUGGGGGCCCUGGAGGGCCAGGUCAUCUUUGCUGUUUGGAACACUGAGGUGUUGUAUGGUUGUCAAGUAAAGAGCAAUACUCUUG